CUAUUCUCAUAUUUCUAAAACGAUCUUUCGUCUCUCCGCACCGCACCCCCUGAAGGAAGGCUGAGAUUCGUCGAUAGGGUUCUUGAUUUGAGCUUUGAGAAGUCUACUAUAUAUACUUGAUGAGGCCUCCUCUUCAAAGUGGAAACCCCACCAUGGACACAUAUGAUUGGAGAACUCAAAUGACACCUGUUUUACGAGGGAAGAUCCUCAAGAAAAUAGUUAAAACAUUAAAGAAGCACCUUAACGAGCACAAAGCCGUCCAUAUUGCUGGUUCUUUCGAGGAUAGAACUUUCAGAUGUGCUGUUAACCAGACUGAUUACCUUCGGAAAAUAUCAAGGAAGCUACUAAAACUGGAGCAAAAUGCAACUGGUUCUUCCCCAUCUAUCCCUGCCGGUAAUAACGGACACUUGAUGGAUGAUAACAAUCAGAGGCCUUCUAUUCCAAAAGAAGAACCUGCCAUGGACACAUGUGACUGGAGAACUCAAUUGCCCCCUGAUUCACGUCAGAAGAUUGUCAACAAGAUAAUCGAAACACUAAAGCAGUACCUUCCCCUUCCAUCUUCUUUAUCUGGACUAGAGGAGCUCAGAAGAAUUGCAACCAGAUUCGAGGAGAGUGUUUUCAGCGGUGCUUUAAACCAGACUGAUUACCUCCAGAAAAUAUCCAUGAAGAUGAGAACUCUUGGGACUAAGUCGCAAAAUGCAGCUGGUUCUUCCUCAUCAUCUAUCCAUGCCGCUGCUAAUAAUGUAACAUCCAUGGAUUCGGGAGAACCUGCCGCGAACACAGAUGACUGGAGAACUCAACUGCCACCGGAUUCACGCCGAAGUAAUGCCUACAAGAUAAUGGAAACACUAGAGAAACAAGUUCCAAAUCUUGGGCUACAAGGAAUUAACGAGCUCAUGAGAAUUGCUGUCAGCUUCGAGGAUUUGAUUUUCAAAAAUGCUAUAAAUCAGGUGGAUUACUUUCGCAAAGUAUCAUUCAAGAUGUUGAGUUGUUGAAGAGGGCGAUUAACAUUUCAGACUUAUUAAAUAUUUUUAUUUUUUUCGUUGUAUUUUACUGAUCUAAACAAUAUUUGUUAUGAUUGACUAAAAUAAGAAGAAAAUUCGAAUG